CGUCGCGCACGGAUGGUCGCACGGCAAGCCCCGUCGUGAUGAUCCGACUCCGUGUCCAAAUACUCCUGAGAGCCGUCCAAGAUUUGCUAAUAUCUACACGGCCCCAGAGGUCCAUAACAGUAGAUCGCGAACUGGAGCGAUCAUGGCGCCGCAGCCGGCCGCGGCGCUUCCCCAAGACGUCCUCGCGGAGGUCCUCCGGCGCCUCGCGCCGCUCAUCCUGGCCGCGUCCCGGCGGGUCUGCAGGGCGUGGCGCGACACCGUCGACGCCCGCCUGCGCCGCCGCCUGCUCUCGCGCUCGGUGCGCGGCAUCUUCAUCAACUUCACCGGCCAUGACUUCUCGGAGUUCUUCUCCCGUCCCUCGACGGGGCCGGCGAUCUGCGGAGGGCUCGACUUCCUGCCCAGCGAAGGCGUCAAGGUCACGGAUCACUGCAACGGGCUCCUGCUCUGCGGCGAUCGGGAGCGCGAGUACGUCGUCAACCCGGCCACACGGCGGUGGGCGCGUCUGCCCCCACGUCCUCCGCCGCAUAUGCCGGGGUUCAGCCAGAGCGCCUACCUCGCGUUCGAUCCCGCCGUGUCGCCACACUAUGAGGUUUUCCUCAUCCCGCGCCUGCCAAGUUCCGACAAACUGGACGACAAGGCCUUGCUUGAAUCGGAGUGGCCUCCCGCCCUGUAUGUACUGCAUGUGUUUUCCUCGACGGCCGAUCAGUGGGGAGAGAAGACCUUUCUUCGGGAAGGGGAGGCCGCAGGGAUCGUCGGUGACAUGGAUUUCGAUCCAUGGUACGGUCGGUAUCAUGCCGUCUACUGGCGAAGCACGCUCUACAUCCAUUGCCAACAUGGCUAUCUUACCAGAAUGUCCUUGUCAGACCACACGUACAAAGUAAUUGAACUACCGGCUGCCGAUAAGUUGAGAGGAUAUGAUGCCUACCAUUUGGGGAGAUCGUUGAGAGGGGUCUAUUGCGCAAAACAUAUUUACUGUAACAGGCUUCAGCUUUGGCACCUCGAUGAAUCACACGAUCAAACUGAAUGGGUGUUCAAUUAUGAUAUCGAUCUUACCACUCUUGAACGCAGGUUCCACAAUUAUCGUAAGAGGUUUGGGGUGGACUCUACUCAACAAAUAGGCAAACCGUGGAUCCUUCAGGACGUUAACAACCGCAAGAUCAAAUAUCAUAAUGGACGUUACAGACCACCGGUGGAAGAGAAAUAUGACUGGAACUCUGAUGAGGAUAACUUUCUUUACAUUGAAGAUGUUGAAGGGGUGUAUUAUAGUGAAGGUUCACAUUUCCUUGGAUUCCACCCUUAUAAGGAGAUAGUCUAUUUUGAAUUACAUAGAGGAAGAGGAGUCGCCUAUGACUGGAAUAGCUCAAAAUUCCAGGACUUGGGCUGUUCAGAACCAACAGAUAACCAUUACUUCCAAGAUGGGACAACCGUAUCUUUCCCAUACACGCCUUGUUGGAUGGCCGAGUUUCCUGGAAACGAAUUCGAAUCUCUACUUGAAGAGGAGGAGAUAGCUAGAAAAAAAUCAGAACUGGAAGCUCAACUUGAAGAUCACUGCAACUUUUCUUGUGCCGACGAGUACGAGUUGCGCAAGCUGAGUGGGCGCGCCAAGAGGGACAAGAACUCUGUCACCAAACUUCGUCGUAGACGCCGCAUCACAGCUCGGUAGGAACCCACCAAGGCAAGGAGAUCGUUUCUGGCGUCUCUGGCAUCGCUGGAUCGAGGUUGCUUGAUUAGUUUCCUGGAACCCAAAAUGAGCAGGUACUUGCAAAUAAUUUAGAAUACCAACUUGAAGAUGUGCACAUAUCAGAUAGAGCACUCAUGUUUGAGGCCAUGCAACUUGCAACUUGUUCGUGUACCUUGUAUCUGCUUUGACCAAGCCAACCAUGUCUACCAGUAAUUUUGAAGGACCCUGCGGUGUAGUUUA